CUGAAUCCUUCAUGCUUUGAUUCGAGAUCUCACACAUCUACAUCCUUGUGACUGCUUCGCUUGUCUCGCAGACCACUCAAUUGAGCGUUAUUCAGACCUCGGUUCAUCCCAACAGUCAUCUCAACAUCGCUCGGUACUCACAUCCCUAUUUUACAUCACAAUAAUACAAUUUUCGACAUGGCACUCUUUGAACCCAAUAGCGAGAGCUUGAGUAUCCUCAAGUCAACGCCCAAAACUAUUGUCAUCACGGGAGGUUCUUCCGGAAUCGGUCUGGCAACAGCGCAGCUCCUGUCGGCCUUGAACCCCCAACACAACCUCGUUCUGAUCGAUCUUAAUCCGCCGCCUCAAACUUUCAAACAUGAAAAGUCACGUCUCCUGGUCCAUACCUGCAACAUCAAAUCAUGGACCUCGCAGCGCGCCGGCUUCGAAGCCGCCCACGCACGCUUCGGACGAAUCGAUUGCGUGUUUGUUAAUGCCGGCAUCGCGGAGCACGGCGAGCAGUUCUUCACAGACGAGCUAGACGGUGAUGGAAAGCUGAAAGAACCAGACCGCAGGGUGUUGAACAUUGAUGUGGAUGCUGCUAGUGACACCACCAAGCUUGCGAUCCACUAUCUGAAGAAAAACCAGGACGGUGGUGAGAUUGUCCUAACGGCAAGUCUUGCGGGAUAUUUGGCGAGCGCGGGGGCGCCGUUGUAUAGCGCUGCUAAACAUGCAAUUGUGGGUCUCAUGCGCGCACUCAAGCAGGAAUGCGCUAAAUUGAGCAUUUCCAUCUCUGUGAUCGCCCCAGGUAUCACGGUGACACCCAUCUUGACAGGCAAUAACAGGCGCCUCGGUGCCUCGCCAGAUGUCUAUGCAAAGGAGAUGGCCGCUAAAGGUGUACCGAUUAACACCCCGGAGAGUAUUGCAUUAGCAGUAUGCUGGUUGUUCAAUGAGCAGAGCAAAGCCAAUGGUGCCGGGUUGCUGAUCCAAGGAAACAAGUUUGCGGAUCUAGAGAAGGGUCUUGCGAAGAAUCGAGAGCAAUGGAUGGGUAAGGAGAUGCUAGGUCUUUUCAGGGGAGGAAGGUCAGCGCCAUUGUUCGACCGACUGAGUGCGGACGUAAAGGCGAAGAUUUGAGACGAAGAGAGCAGAGCAGGACUCUCGAUAACGCAUGUGCUUUUGGAAUUUCGCUUUGUCGCUUUGCGGUCGAGCUUUAUCGAUAUCAAUUGUCGCAACGGAACUGCACUGAAUUGGCCAAACUCGAGGCUCUCCGCUCACAACAGAAACUGCUCUGUAAUGUGAUUAAAGACACUGGGCUAUAUCAUCUCAAUAUUUGAGCAGAGUCGGCUGUGACCAAAUGUAUACUAUGAUCUGUGCUAC